AAAACGGCAGACUCACCUAAACUGCAAAGCGAUUUCUUAAUUUUUACCUCUCCGUUAAAAUGACUACCGAUAUCGCUCGUGAAUUUGAGGCACCAGGAUUCAGCUUUGAAAACUGUCGCCGCAAUGCUCAACUGGUUAAGACUGGCUUCGUGCCACCGAAAAUGAUAAAAACAGGCACCACCAUCUGCGGUAUCAUCUACAAGGAUGGAGUCAUUCUCGGUGCCGAUACGCGCGCCACCGAAGGACCAAUCGUGGCGGACAAGAACUGCGAAAAGAUUCACUAUCUGGCGAAGAACAUGUACUGCUGUGGGGCAGGUACGGCGGCCGACACGGAGAUGACCACACAGAUGAUUGCCUCGAAUUUGGAGCUGCAUCGACUAAAUACGGGCCGUACCGUGCCGGUUGUGGUGGCAAACACGAUGCUGAAGCAAUUCCUGUUCCGCUACCAAGGUUACAUCAGUGCGGCACUAGUGUUGGGCGGUGUGGACACGACGGGUCCGUACAUUUACUGCAUCUACCCGCACGGUUCGACCGACAAGCUGCCGUACGCAACUAUGGGUUCGGGCAGUUUGGCCGCCAUGUCCGUGUUUGAGUCGCGCUGGAAGCCGGACAUGUCGGAGGAGGAGGGCAAGAAGCUGGUGCGGGAUGCAAUUGCGGCCGGUGUGUUUAACGAUCUGGGAUCCGGGUCGAAUAUUGAUCUGUGCGUUAUCCGGAAGGAUGCGACCGAGUAUUUGCGUACGUACGAGGAAGCGAACAAGAAGGGCACGCGUAGCUUGGCUUACGACUUUAAGCCGGGCACGACGGCGAUUUUGCAGAGCAAGAGCUACAAGGUGGACAUUACGGAUACGGUUGUGCGUCAUCUGGUGCCGGAAGGUGUGGAAAGUAUGGAUACGGCGUAAGGAUGGUUCCU